AUGGAUAAGCCUGAACCGCUCGCCGUUGCUGCCGCCAUUGUUGACCAGUGCGUAGAGCGGGAAGACAUGGCGGCGUCGGAGCUACACUUCUUGCUGGUACCGCUGGUGGCGCAAGGCCACAUCAUCCCCAUGGUGGACCUGGCGCGUCUCCUCGCCGCGCGGGGGCCGCGCGUCACCGUCGUCACCACGCCUGUCAACGGCGCGCGGAACAGGGUCACCGUCGACAGCGCCCGGAGAGCGGGCCUCGCCGUCGAGCUCGCGGAGCUCCCCUUUCCCGGACCGCAGCUGGGGCUGCCGGAGGGGCUGGAGAACCUCGACCAGCUGCUCGACGACGUCAGCAGUGCCAUGUACCUCGCCUUCUUCCAGGCCAUCUGGAAGAUGGCGGAGCCGUUGCAGGGGUACGUCCGUGCGCUGCCGCGCCGGCCGGACUGCCUCGUCGCCGACAUGUGCAACCCGUGGACGGCGGGCAUUUGCACGGCGCUCGGCAUCCCGAGGCUGGUGCUACACUGCCCGUCCGCCUAUUUCCUCCUGGCCGUGCACAACCUGUCCACGCACGGCGUGUACGACCGCGUCCGCGACGACGAGAUGGAGCCGUUCGAGGUGCCGGACUUCCCGGUGCACGCCGUCGGGAACACGGCCACGUUCCGGUGCUUCUUCCAGCACCCCGGCGUGGAGAAGGAGCAGCGCGACAUUCUCGAUGCCGAGGCCACCGCUGACGGCCUUCUGAUCAACACGUUCCGCGGCGUUGAGGGCAUCUUCGUCGACGCGUACGCGGCGGCGCUCGGCAAGAGGACGUGGGCCAUCGGUCCGACGUGUGCCUCCGGCAUCUUGGACACGGAAGCCGACGCCAUGGCCGGCCGCGGCAACCGCGCGGACGUCGAUGUCGGCCACGUCGUCUCAUGGCUCGACGCCGGGCGACCGGCGUCCGUGCUGUACGUCAGCUUCGGCAGCAUCGCGCAGCUGCCAGGGAAGCAGCUCGCCGAGCUUGCGCGCGGCCUCGAGGCGUCGGGGCGGCCGUUCGUCUGGGCCAUCAAAAGGGCCAAGGCCGACGUCGGCGUGAAGGCGCUGCUCGACGACGAGGGGUUCGAGUCGCGCGUCGAGGACAGGGGCCUAGUCGUGCGCGGGUGGGCGCCGCAGGUGACCAUCCUGUCGCACCCGGUGGUGGGCGGCUUCCUCACGCACUGCGGCUGGAACGCCACGCUGGAGGCCAUCUCCCACAGCAUGCCGGUGCUGACGUGGCCCUGCUUCGCCGACUAG